UGAAAAGCCAGUAGACAAGAGCGAUGACCGUGUCCGAUUUGAUCUUGCUGCCGCAAGUGAGCGAGGCGGAGGUGGUCAAUGAGCUAUCCUCUCGGUACCAAGCCAACGACAUCUACACGUACAUCGGCCCUGUGCUCAUUGCGGUGAACCCGUACAAGCUGAUCAAGAAGAACGGCAAGUCGCUGUACGACGAGUCGCUGAUCGAAGACUUUUCCGGGCGCGAGAUCCAUGAAAACGACCCACAUCCGUUUGCGAUCGCCGAAAGCGCGUACUCGCACAUGAUCAACUUCAAGGCGAACCAGUGCAUCUUGAUCACGGGUGAGUCGGGCAGUGGCAAGACCGAAACAUCCAAGCACGUGCUGCAAUACAUCGCCAACAUCAGCACCAAGGCCCGCACGCGCCUCGCCGUCAACCAGUCUCGAAAACUAUCCGACGACAAAAAGCACGCCAUCGACAAAGUCGUCAACAACGUCCGGCGCAUCUUAAUCCGAGCAAACCCCGUGCUAGAAGCGUUCGGGAACGCCCAGACCGUGCGCAAUAACAACUCAUCGCGCUUUGGCAAGUACAUGCUGCUGCAGAUGAACCCGAGCGGCCAGGUCGUGGGGGGAUUUGUGCACAAUUACCUGCUUGAGAAGAACCGCGUGAUCACACAAGCGGCGGGAGAGCGCAACUUUCACUGCUUUUACAACCUUCUUGCAGGCGCUUCGAAAGCGGACAAGGCCGAGUGGCACCUCGAAGACGCCACGAAAUACGCAUUCCUGCAGCAUGAACAGCGCACGAUCCACGGGGUAAAUGACCGCACCGAGUUUGCCGACCUCGGCCAUCACAUGACGGCUGUCGGCAUCGCAGACGACGACCAGCGACAGAUUUACCAGCAGCUGGCUGCGAUUUUGCACCUUGGGAACGUGGUGUUUGUGAGCCAAGUAGACGCGAGCCACAACCCCUGCUGUGCCAUCGACCCAACCACCAAACAAUCGCUCCAACUCGCAGCCAAAUUGAUGGGGGUAUCCGCUGACAGUUUAGAAGACAUGUUCACGUUCAAGUCGCUCACGAUCAACCGGUCGGAAAUGCGAGUGCCGCUCACGGCAGCCCAAGGUGAAAAGGUGCUGCACAGUGUCGUGCGGUGCGUGUACGACAACAUCUUUACGUGGCUGGUGGAAAAGGUCAACAAGGGCAUCCACAACCCAUCGCGGGCGUCGCAAACAGUGGGCAUAUUGGACAUUUACGGGUUUGAAAUCUUUCACGAAAACCUUUUUGAGCAACUUUGUAUCAACUACGUCAACGAAAAGCUGCAGCAACUGUUCAUCUCGCAGACGCUGCAAAGCGAACAACUCGAGUACAAACGGGAGGGUAUAGCGUGGGUCAACAUUCAGUUCUUUAACAACCAGGUGGUGUGCGAUUUGAUUGAAGACGCCAAGAUGCCUGGGAUCUUUCCUCUGCUGGAUGAACAGUGCGCCAUCUCCCAAACGUCUGUGGAUGUGCUCAUGCAUCGCUUCAAUGAGACGUACGUGAAGGAGCCGCACUUUAUCAAGUCUCGCGUCAAGGGCAGCGUGUUCAGCGUCCGCCAUUAUGCUGGGGUCGUGGAGUACGACUUGAGCCACUUUGCCGAAGCCAACAUCGACUCGUUUUUCACUGAAUUGUACACCGAGUUGCAAAAGUCCUCGAACGCGUUCGUGCGCAACUUGCUCAAAGAUGAACGAUCGAACAAAGAAAAACUCAAGCGCCCUCCGUCCACGUCGUUUCAAUUCCGCGCCCAAGUGAAUGCACUUGUCCAGGACCUCAACAUGUGCAACCCCCACUACGUCCGGUGCAUCAAGCCCAACGAGAACAAGAUAUCUGGCUCGAUCAACAAGCAACUGGUCACUGCGCAGGUGCAGUGCCUCGGGCUAGUUGAAAAUAUUCGCGUACGCCGCGCUGGCUUUUGCUACCGCGAAACGUACGCGACUUUUCUGCACCGGUACAAGAUCCUCUCGCGCACGUCGUGGCCAGCUGUGCACAACUGCUCGUCGCGUCAAGCAACGGUGGAGCUGCUGACGGCGGAGGACGUGGGCGUGCUCCCGAGCCUCCAGCCCGUGUCGGCCCAACGCGAGGCAGAAGCGAAUGGCCAGCAGCGCCCGUUGACCCCCCUGGAAGUGUAUCACAUGCACUUGGCGGCCAAAAACAACAAGCCAACCGACGGCCACGAGGUUCCGCAGCCCAUCAUUCGGUUCAAAGAAGACAUCGAGUCCCUCGGGUGCUUUUCCCUCGGCCGGAACAAGGUGUUCAUUAAGCACCCCGCCGCCCUCUUUUCCCUCGAGCGACUCCGCCAGGACAAACUGCCCCAGAUCGCAAAAAUCAUCGAAGACGCUUGGGUCCGGCGACUGCUCCGUGCGCGGUUGGCCAAAUACGCAGUCGUGUUUGCGGACUUGAACACGCGAUAUUCUGCCAUUCGAGACAACCUGCAGGAUCGCUUGAUGCGCCGCAAUGGGGCUGCGGACAAGGCCACCGUGGCGGGUCUAUACUCGCACUGGGACCAGUUGGCAUCCAAGGUCCUGCAGCCAUCGUCGCGCCUCCGCAGCCACCUCGCAGCCGGCGAAGUGUACAACGCCGCCAGUUUCUUGACGAGCUACGCCAAGCGCAACGCGGCUGUGCGCCACCUAAACAAGGUCAAGAAGGCCGUGCAGGUGUUUAGCUCUCGGUGGAAGGGCCGCCAGACGCGCCGAAACAUGUCGCCAGACCUCGCGCGCAAGUGCUACAAAGCUAUGCUUGGCAUCCGCACCGAGUUUGAACGGUUGUUUGGCAAGAAGAAGCGGCGCCGCGAUACGCUGGACCGGGUGUACUUGGGCGAUUAUUUGAAUGUGAAGAAGCACACUCCUCUCCUAGCGUUGCUCAAGGCGAGCAAGGAGAGCCACGUGUUGUUUGCUGGCGAAACCCACAAAAUCAACGAAAAGUUUGUGGCCCAGACUCGGCUGCUUUUGAUUGGUGAGAUGAACGUCCACAAUAUCAAAGCGGACAAGAUGGACAAGCCCAAGGAGCGCCGCGUGGUACCCAUCGCGCAGCUGUCCAAGAUCUCGAUGAGCUCGUUGCAUGACAACUAUUUGUUUCUGCAUGUAAACAACGACGUGGGUCUAAUGUACGAAGUGGACCAGAAGACUGAAGUCGUGCUCGUGCUCAAGCAACGAUUCAAGGAGCUAUGCAAACGUGAUUUGCCAGUGGCGAUCUCGGACACGAUCGAAUUUGAAGCGAAAAAAGGCAUGCGGCUCGCGUUUCGAUUUGUGAAAAAUCAAAACACGACUGUCUCGACCAUGGAAAAGCUGGACAAGAAGAAUGGCCAAGUGAACGUCGGCACCAAGUACUAGUAGUUGUCGGCGACUACUAUAGUACUACUACUACUACUAGUCCACGCAACAACACUGUCUGUAGUAGUAGCCCCAAUUGUAUAUAUUGGCCGCGAGCGUUCGUGUUGGAUGAUGUGGAUGCAAGUCUCCAUUAUCCUUCGUCGCUUGAGAACCAACCAUUAAUGUUUGUGUUGAUAAUAUAUAAAAAUCCAUUGGUUGUGGAACGUCAUACGUAAA